AACCGCAAAACAGAAUCUUCGCCUUUCAAAUUUCCCAAUUUAAAAAAAAAUUAUAAUUUUUUCACUCUUCUCAAGGAAACAGAAAAUUUUUACUUUUCUUUCUUUCAUUUUCUCUCUUGCCAAACACCAAAAAAAAAAAACAAAGCUUCUUUUUCACUCAACACUUAAAAUAAUUUAACGAAAAAAAUGCUUCUUUUUCACUCUAUAUAUAUGUACCUUCUUUUUUUACCUACGUUUUCCCCAGCUUCAAACAGACUUUUUUAAAAAAAUCCCAAAAAGGAAUCGAAAAGAAAAAAAUUGAAAAAAUGGGUUCGGUUCCAUCAGAACUGAGCUUGGAUUUUAGACCCAAAUUUAUACCCAAAACGAUCAGUAAUUUUCUCGAGGAAAUUUCAUUGAUGGGAAGCGUUUCCGAUAAGGUUUCAAAGCUUGAUUCUUUUGUUAAAAGAUUAGAAGAAGAAAUGAGAAAGAUCGAUGGUUUUAAACGUGAACUUCCUCUUUCUAUGCUUCUUUUGAAUGAUGCGAUUUUAGCUUUGAAAGAGGAAUCAACGCAAUGUGUUAGAAGAAGAAAUGUUGAACCUGUUUUAGAAGAAUUUAUUCCAUUGAAGAACAAUCGAAAGGAGAAUAAUAAUCACAGUGAUGAUGAAGAAGAAGAUGAUUCUAAGAAAAAUUGGAUGAGUUCUGUUCAGCUUUGGAACACUGAAGAUGAUGAUCAUAGUUCCAUUGAUGAUAAAUUAGAUACUAAGAGAAACCAUGGGGAUCCAUUUAAAAACAGGGGAAAAGUUAGAGGUUUUAUGCCAUUCAAGGCAAAUUUGAGUUUUGCAGUGAAGAAAGAAGAGAAAAGGGAGAUACCAAUUCAUGGACUAACGAUUCUCACUCCGGGAAUCAAGAAUCCGAAAGUGGAAUUGGGUUUUACGGAGUCGAGGAUGAGCCGUAGUAGAGCAGCUUCGUGUUCUUCCUUGAAGGGUCAGGUGAAUUACCGGUCCGAAUUGCAGCCCUUAUCCGAUCACCAGCAACAACAACAGCAGGCUACUAGGAAGCAAAGGAGGUGUUGGUCAUCGGAGUUACAUCGCCGGUUUGUUAAUGCCUUGCAGCAAUUAGGUGGCUCUCAAGUGGCUACUCCAAAGCAAAUUAGGGAACUUAUGCAAGUAGAUGGCUUGACCAAUGAUGAAGUUAAGAGCCAUCUGCAGAAAUACCGACUUCAUACGAGACGACUUCCACCAUCUACAAGGACCACAACCACCCCAGCAAAUGAAUCAGCCCUUGUUUUGGGGAAUGGUCUAUGGCUGUCCCAUGAUCAAUAUGGAGAUUCUUCGAAAGGUAGCAGUUCACAAUCCGGUUCUCCUCAAGGCCCUCUCCAAUUAGCUACGAACACUGGAGGAACCUCCACAACAAGAGGUGACAGUACGGAAGAUGAAGAAGACGCAAAAUCCGAAGCCUAUAGCUGGAAAACCCGUACUCACAAACCCGGUAAAGACCAUGUAUAGAGUUUAUCCACCAUGAAUUUUGCAGAUAAAAAGGAUUCGGUUUCCUUCAAUCUUCAAAUUGAGUUUUCGUUUUACUUUCGGUGCUAGUACGCGAGAAUUCAAAUGUUUUCAUAGAAGAAACAUGAACAUUAUAACAAUAGCUUCUCCAUUACUUGCUUCUAUGACAUUGAAUCUCUAGUUGCUAAUGCUUAUUUUCUAGAAGUUGUUGCUUAAAUCACAAUUGUUUUGAGCAAUUCUAAAAACAACACAAGCAUUUGGGGCACUUGUUGGAUAAUGAAGUAACUUUGUGAGUUUAGGCCAUUUCAAGUUCAGAUUAUUUUAGUUUAGGAUCAUUUUAAGUUGAACUCAUUUUGAGUUUGAACCAUUUGAGUUUUCAAAUCGAGGUUUUUUGAGUUUGUGUUAUUUUGAGUUAGGCAUUUGGAAUCAAAUUACUUGUUUAGAUCA